AUGGUACAGUAUUUAGUGGAGCAGCUGCUAAAGUGCGCGUGACUCACGACCAACGAAGAGGCUCAAAGAACAAAAAAAAAUUAUUUUACCAUCCUCGAACCCAUACAGAUAACCAUAAAUCUUUAACAGAUAUAUGUAUAGAACGCUAAUUGCGCGAAGAAUUAUGUCUACCAAUUCAGUUAAUACAGAAUGGACUGCUUCUAAAGUUAGAAGUACAUUUUUAGAUUAUUUUAUUAAACAAAAAAAUCAUACAUUUGUACCAUCAUCAUCAGUAAUUCCUCAUAAUGAUCCAACAUUAUUAUUUGCCAAUGCUGGUAUGAAUCAAUAUAAACCAAUUUUUUUAGGUACAGUUGAUCCAAGUUCAGAUUUUGCUACUUUAAAAAGAGCCGUUAAUUCUCAAAAAUGUAUUAGAGCUGGAGGAAAACAUAAUGAUUUAGAAGAUGUUGGUAGAGAUUCUUAUCAUCAUACAUUUUUUGAAAUGUUAGGUAAUUGGUCAUUUGGAGAUUAUUUUAAACGUGAAGCUAUUGAAUGGUCAUGGGAAUUAUUAACUAAAGUUUAUGGUUUAGAUAAACAAAGAUUAUAUGUAACAUAUUUUGGAGGUGAUGAAAAACAAAAUCUUGAACCUGAUCUUGAAGCUAAACAAUUUUGGUUAGAUGUUGGAGUUCCUGAAGAUCAUAUUUUACCAGGUGAUGUUAAAGAUAAUUUUUGGGAAAUGGGUGAUCAAGGUCCUUGUGGUCCAUGUUCAGAAAUUCAUUAUGAUAGAAUUGGUGGUAGAAAUGCUUCUCAUUUAGUUAAUCAAGAUGAUCCAAAUGUUUUAGAAAUUUGGAAUAAUGUCUUUAUGCAAUUUAAUAGAGAAAUUGAUUCAUCUUUAAGACCUUUACCAAAUAAACAUAUUGAUACUGGAAUGGGAUUUGAAAGAUUAGUAUCAAUUUUACAAGAUAAAUCUUCAAAUUAUGAUACUGAUGUAUUUACACCAAUUUUUGAAAAAAUUAGUGAAAUUACUGGUGUUAGACCUUAUGGAGGUAAAUUUGGUAUUGAUGAUACUGAUGGAAUUGAUACUGCUUAUAGAGUUAUUGCUGAUCAUGUUAGAACUUUAACUUUUGCAAUUUGUGAUGGUGGUGUACCAAAUAAUGAAGGUAGAGGUUAUGUAUUAAGAAGAAUUUUAAGAAGAGGUUCACGUUAUGUUCGUAAAUAUAUGAAUUAUCCAAUUGGUUCAUUCUUUCAACAAUUAGUUGAUGUUGUCAUUGAACAAAAUAAAGAAAUUUUCCCGGAAAUUGUUAAUGGAGCUCAAGAUUUAAAAGAAAUCUUAAAUGAAGAAGAAAUUUCAUUUGCCAAAACUUUAGAUAGAGGUGAAAAAUUAUUUGAAAAGAAUGCAAUAAUUGCUUCUAAAACUCCUGAACAAACAUUAUCAGGUAAAGAUGUUUGGAGAUUAUAUGAUACUUAUGGAUUCCCAGUUGAUUUAACUAGAUUAAUGGCUGAAGAAGCCGGAUUAAAGAUUGAUGAAAUUGCCUUUGAAAAAGCUCGUGAAGAAUCAAAAGAAGCUUCUAAAGGUAAUGGAGGUAAAAAUAAUGCAAAUUUAAUUAAAUUAGAUGUUCAUGCUCUUUCAACUUUAGAAUCAGUUGAAAAGACUAAUGAUAAUUUUAAAUAUGGUUUAGAUGAUAUUAAAUCAACAAUUUUAGCUAUUUAUAAUGGUAAAGAAUUUGUUGAUAUUGCAAAAGAAGGUGAAGAAUAUGGUAUAAUACUAGAUAAAACUCCAUUUUAUGCUGAACAAGGUGGACAAGAAUAUGAUACAGGUAAAUUAGUUAUUGAUGGAAAAUCUGAAUUUAAUGUAACUAAUGUUCAAUCUUAUGGAGGAUUUAUUUUACAUACUGGGAAACUUAUUGAAGGUUCAUUAAGUAUUAAAGAUGAAGUUAUUGCUACUUAUGAUGAAAUUAGAAGAUGGCCAAUUAGAAAUAAUCAUACUGGAACUCAUGUAUUAAAUUAUGCUUUAAGAGAAGUUUUAGGAGAUUCAGUUGAUCAAAAGGGUUCAUUAGUUGCUCCUGAAAAAUUAAGAUUUGAUUUUAGUCAUAAACAAGCUUUAAAUCCAAUUGAAUUAGAAAAAGUUGAAAGUAUUUCAAAUGAAUAUAUUAAAGCUAAUAAAACUGUUUAUGCUAAGGAUGUUCCACUUAGUAUUGCUAAAGAAAUUAAUGGAGUUAGAGCAGUAUUUGGUGAAACAUAUCCUGAUCCAGUUAGAGUAGUAUCUAUUGGAGUUACUGUUGAUGAUUUACUUGAAAAUCCUCAUAAAGCUGAUUGGCAUCAUGUUUCAAUUGAAUUUUGUGGUGGUACUCAUGUUGCUAAAACAGGAGAUAUUAAAGAUUUAGUAAUUAUUGAAGAAUCAGGUAUUGCUAAAGGUAUUAGAAGAAUUGUGGCAGUAACUGGUCAUGAUGCUCAUGAAGUUCAAAGAAUUGCUAAAGAAUUUGAACAAGAAUUAAUUCAUGCAGAAGGUUUAUCAUUUGGAUCAAUUAAAGAAUCUAAAGCAAAAGAACUUGGAGUUUCAUUAAAGAAAUUAUCUAUUUCUGUAUUAGAUAAAUUAAGAUUAAACAAACAAUUUGAAAAAUUAGAUAAAUCAAUUAAAGAUGAUUUAAAAGCUAAACAAAAGGAAGAAUCUAAAAAGACUUUAGAUACUGUUAAACAAUGGUUAGAUAAAAAGGAUUCAGGAGAAUUUUUUAUUGGUCAUGUACCAAUUAAUGCUAAUGCAAAAGCCAUUACUGAUGCCAUUAAUUUUAUUAAAAAGGAUUAUAAACAAAAAUCUAUCUAUUUAAUAACUGGUAUACAAGAUAAAGUUGCUCAUGGAUGUUAUGUAUCUGAUGAAGCACUUUCAAAAGGUAUUAAUGUUAAUGAAUUAGGUGGUCUUGUUGCUGAAGAAAUUGGUGGUAGAUCUGGUGGUAAAGGUAAUACUGUUCAAGGGAUGGGAGAUAAACCUGAAGGAAUUGAAUCUGCCAUUAAAAAAUUAACUCAAGCUUUUGAAUCGAAAUUAUAAAUUAUAAAUUUAGAUU